AUGUCACAACAACAAAAGGUCGAUUUGACCCAAUUGCCAGCCGAGCAGAUUAUGGAAAUCCAAAAGAACUUGAACCAAGAGGUGAACCACUUCAGCACCUCCUUGCAAGCAUUGACCUCUGCCCAGAGCAAGUUCGAUCAGUGCAUUCAAAACAUCAAGCAGGUGACUAAAUCCGAGUCUGCUGAUACAGCAGCUCCAAGUAACCAAAUCUUGGUUCCUUUGUCCUCUUCUUUGUAUGUCCCAGGUAAGAUCAAGUCCGGUGACAAGUUUUUAGUCGAUGUCGGCACCGGCUACUACGUUGAAAAGUCGGGCAAGGGCGCUAUCGAUUUUUACCAGAAGAAGAUCACCAAGUUGGACCAGGACCUGACCCAGUUGAAGGAAAUUAUCCAAUCCAAAUCAGAGACCUUACAAACCGUGACGAAUGUGUUGCGCUCCAAAUUAGCUCAGCAACAAGGCCAAGCCCAGGAAUAG